AUGAGGUAUAAUGACAUCGGUCCAAUAACAUCUGUAAAAAUUAGCCGUCUGGGAUUGAAAAGAUAUAAAAGUGAACUUGGUAAGAAAAGAGAUAGUACUAAUAGUAAUGCUGAUUCUCAGGCUGGCGUUGCGUCACGAGUUAAUUCUAAAACUGGAGCUGCUACAGCAACUGACACUAAAACUGAAUCACAGACAUUUACAAAUACAAAAGUUAACACACGAAUAGCCACAUCUUCUAACGCUCGCAGUGGAGCAAAUGCUGCAGCUAAAGUAAAAACUUAUGCACAUGCAAACACAGAAACUAGAGUAAAUACUGAGCAGGAGUCACCCCAUCCACCUACAACUACUCCAAUCCCAAAUAAGCCUUCAUAUCCUGAUUCUUUACCACCAGGUCCAUAUGGAUCUGGAAAUAAUGGCUCAUGCUGUAACUGCUCAGGAAAUAAAUGUCCUCCUACAAUAAUCAAAGUUUACUGUCCAAAGUGCCCAUGUCCAUGUCCACCUCCAUGCCCUUGUGAUUGUCCUUGCUUAAAGCCAAAAACCACACCAAGACCAACUAGACCAAUACCCCCAACAAUAUGUUUACCACCUUGUGUACCUCUUCCUGGGCCAUGUAUGACACCUCCUUGUAAUCCCCAGCCUAUGCCAAUGUGCAUGAAUCCACCUUGUUUUGAUAUGCUGCCGCCUCAAAUGACAUAUCCUAUGUGUCCUAUGAACUGUCCAACACCACCAUGCCCUUGUCCAUUAUUUAAGCGUUCUGAAACUUUAAGUGCAGUAAACAAAACAAUUAACAAGGAGAUAAAGAAGAAAUCUCGUAAACAAAAGACGCUAAAUGCUCAAAAACGAGUACAUGCAGCAGGUCCACCACCAGAUAGCCAAGAAGAGCCUCUUCAAUUUGAUCAUGCUGCUGUCGCAGCAGAUAAUGAAAUCUGCUCAAAAAUAGGAAAGGAAAUCUUACUCAAAAAUGGAACAGCUGCGGAUGCCAUUGUUUCUACUCAUUGCUGUGUUGAAAUAGUUAAUAGUCAUUCAACCGGUCUUGGGGGAGGAGGCUUUAUGGUUUAUUAUGAAAAAAAAACUGGAAAAGCCAAAGCGUAUGAUUUCCGUGAAUCUCUUGUUGCUGCAUAUACAGAUACAGGAAGUAAAACCCAAGGGGAGACAAUUUUAGUGCCUGGAGUUUUGAGAGGUCUAGAAGCAGUACACAAGGAUUUUGGCAAAUUACCAUGGAAAGAUUUAUGGCAGCCCUGCAUUAAGUUAGCUCGUGAAGGAUUUUAUAUUCAUGCAGCUCUAGCUGCUGGUAUAAAAAAGAAAAAAGAUUAUAUAGAGGCUAAUUUAGGAUUACGAGAGUUGUUUGCACCUGAUGGCACUAUUUUGCAGCUUGGUGAUAAACUUGCACGACCAAAACUUGCUAGAACUUAUGAGCAAAUUGCAAAUGAAGGAGCAGAUGUUUUCUACCUUGGCAAAAUGGCAAAUCAAAUAGUUGAGGAUAUCCGUGCUGCAGGAGGCUAUAUGACUCGUGAAGAUCUUGCAUCUUACAAAGUACGAGAAGUUGAACCAAUAAGAACAAACAUUAAUGAGUUUACUGUUUUGACUACUCCAGCACCAAGCAGUGGAGCACUGAUGUCUCUUGCUUUGAAGAUUUUAGCAGAAGGAAAAUGGAACGCUAAAAAGUUCGCAGAAAAACCAGAUCGAUAUUUCCAUGAAUAUAUUGAGUCUAUGAAGCUUGCCUCUGCACCUUCAACAUUUUUGAGUGACCCUCGCUUUAAUAAUAAUACUAAGCAGGUUGAGGAGUAUAUGUUAUCUGAUAGCACUGCAAAGAACAUGUAUAAAAAGAUUGAUGGAUUCUCUCAUAAUGUUGAAGACUACAAACCUUACUCUCAGCUGUUUUCAACUGAAAAAACAGGAACUUCACACAUGUCUGUUCUAGAUCAAAAUGGAAAUGCUUGCUCGCUUACUUCAUCAAUUAAUGCCUACUUUGGAUCAAAACUUCGAUCUCGUGAACUAGAUUUUAUUUAUAACAAUGAACUUGCAGACUUCAGCGAGUUUUGGCCCAAGAUAUAUAAUUUAACAUCUGAUGCUAAAAUUCCCGGAAAGAGACCCAUGUCAAGAGUUAUGCCUUCAAUUUUUUUGAAAGGUAACAAUGUUGAAGCGGUCUGGGGAGCAGCUGGAGGAUUUUUCAUUCCUGCUGCCAUUACAAUGAGCAUUGCAAAUUGGAUGUUUCUGCAAGAUAAUUUAAAGGUUGCCAUUACAAGACCACGUCUACACUGCCAAUUGUUUCCACCAACAGUUGUAUAUGAGCCAACCCUACCUAAGCAAAUGGUUCCUAAAAUCGAGUCAUUCAGUCAUCAGUAUGUGACUAACAGUACUUAUGAUGUUUCAGGUCAACUUAAUGCCAUUAUGGGGGUAGUUCAGGCUAUUGCUCGAACAAAAGAUGGAAAAAUUUCAGCAGAAUGCGAUUACAGAAAAGGUGGACGCCCCGCUGGUUUUUAGAGUUUUGAGUAGUUUUAAAUACACACUCAUUUAAUUCAAA